GACAGAUAUGCUUUGCUUGCCCCUGCUGUCCCUGAAAGAGUGUCCCCUGAGAGGGUCAACCCAUAUCUCGUUUCCAGUCCUGACAUUGACAUUCAAUCUCCGAUAAGCCUUGAUGCGGUCUGCUGGCAACGUGGAGGGAGAAAGUAACGAUUAUAUCGGCGGGUGACGUUGGUGACACGAACGAUCCAACGAAUGAGCAGAUCAGCAUUAUCCACAAACGGCCUUGCGAAGAGUCUCUGCAAAUACGCAAUGCGCGAUGCGCGGAAAGAAGAGGAGGGCAACAAACGAGAUGAAGUCUACUUUGAGCUUCUGAAAUCGAUAUCCCCAAACGAGAUGCAGUCGGCUGGAUGUUCUGGUUUGAACCAGCGGAGCCAACCAGAAGGAAGGAAGAAAGGAAGGAAGGAAGGCCAAGAUCACGAACAUGUGACCCAGUUUAUCUGCCUCAGGUCCAUUGCUUGUCUAAACAAAAUGUAAUUACAUAGCUUUUUUGAUGCAACUCCUGCCAAUGCUAUGAUAUCACAAACUCCGAGACCCUUGAGCCAACUAA